AUGAUCAUACAGCUGAUGUUGAUGACGGCAGUAGCUACCACUUGUAGUACCGCCUUGGUGUCACCUUUCGACAAGGGAGUUAUGGGCAAGGUUUCCAAACAGUUCUUACAGGACUUUGCGGACGAGGUGGCCGACAGAAUAUCUACACAAUUGAAGGGAAAAUCAUUCAGUGGAAGUGACAGUGGAAGUGGCCAUUCGUUCAAGUACUGGGGAGUGAGAGUAACCACCCUCACCCUCAACCCCUCCAUCACCCUCCGUGGAACAGGUCAACUUGUUGUGGACGCGAGUAUGCGAGGGACUAUAAGAGCCUCAGGGAGCUGGAGUUACAACAAGAGGUCCUGGUGGUACUCCGUGACAUUUGGUGGAGGAGUUCAAGUUAGCUCAAAUGGGUUUAGUAUCUCAGACAGGGUCAAUCUUGGGGUAAAGUCGAACGGAAAAGUUGGGUUCUCACAUGACUCGGGUUCUUGUAGGGCGAGUAUGGGAUCUCUCGACAUUAACAUUUCAGGUUCCUGGUACGCCUGGCUUCUUAACUUCAUUGUGUGGAUCUUUGAAAAGGAUCUGAAGAGAGAUUUGGAGAGAUCUAUUCGCGAGAAAGUGAAUGAAGUGGUGGGUGAAGCUGCAGCUAACUUCGACAAUGCAAUGUUCAACCAGGACUUUUCGAUGCCAUUGCAAUCAGGAGGAGAACUGAAAGUGGACUUUAACCCAUCAGUAAUAACAGGGGGACCUAGCUGUGCUGUUAUCUCUACACCCGCAGUUAUAGAACUGACAGGAGUACCAAACACCACACAAAUAGUCACACCUCCCUUUAUCCACAUCCCUGCCACCGAGGAACCAGCUAGAAAGAAGAGACAGGCUAGAGACUGGUGUGGAGUGGUUCCAGGUCCUAACAGUGGGGUCUCCAUCAUCCUCACGAAGGACCUCAUCUCUAGAGGCAUCCAGAACCUACACCACUUCGACUUACUCAAGUUUUCCUUGGUAGAGACAGGCACUGAGGGGAGUAGAACGACUUUCGAUGUGUUGCGCAAUGGCCAGCGUAUAGAUACAGUGAGUGUAGAGUUCCCUGAAAACGAGGGACGGAUCCUGGCUGGAUUUAACAGGAAGACCGUGAAGAUCAGCAGCACUGAACCCCCGGAAGUAAGCAUCACCGACGACGGUAUCUCCGUAUUGGUUCACCUCAGAGCACGGCUCACUCUGAGCAGUGAUAACCCGAAACUUGAGAUUAGAACGGAGUUCGAGUCCCUGACUAAUUGGAUAGGAACAAUGAGGAUGGUAAAGAAGGACGGGGGAUACUCGCUAGUCCCCAACGUGACAGCAAAUGUAGAUAUAUGGACUGGGAAACUCUACAUUGGAGCGGAGAUGGACGGAAUGACGAUGUCCGAACAAAGGAGACUGGAGGAGGAUAACUUGAUACUGCAGGGGAUCGAGAGUCUCCUCAACUCGGUGCUGGAGGGGAAACUGGCGAGGGUGCUGGAGGAAGAUUUGCAGAGUGGGAUCCCUCUAAACAUCCCUGAGGAGUAUAUGACAGUGGGGAGGGCAGAUAUCAGUUACAGGGAGGAUUAUAUCAUCGUAUCUGCUGAUGAUAUCAUCAUCAACCUUCAGUAG